AUGGUGGAGGAGAAGGAGGAGGAGGAGGAGGCGUCUAGUAGUAAGCAACAGCUGCGAGUAGAGAAACGUAGAUUGAGAGGUAUUAAAGAUAGACUAAUAAAGCGACAACAGAACAUUAAACAUAUUAUCAUGGAUUCAACCAUAAUAAUAAAACAGGUGUACAAGGAGAAGGAAGAGGAGGACUAG